AAGCCACAAAUGAGAAGAACGGAGAGGAAUAAGCCGCCCUAACUCUUGGCCUCGGGAUGAUUUCAAUGCAAGUGCAGCUAAAAUGUCAAAAAUAACAUUGUGUGGCGGGGUAAAGAGUAACACUUUUCAGCCCAUUCAUUGAACUAAUGUAUAUUGCCAAGUAACAAAUGUAUACGGGCAUAUUGCAUACAAUCCCUUCCCCGUCCUCACUGCCUCGCAUGAAUGGUGUCGGAGUUCAGCGUACUAGCCAAGAUGGUGUUCCGAGCUUGCAAUAGCAUAUAAAGGCCACGCUUUAUGCCUUUCAACAAGUGAAUCCCACUAUCUUCUUCUCUUUUGAUCUCCCAAAGGAUCGCUCAAUAUGACGACAAACGGUCAUAUACCAAUGUUACCAAAUGGUCAAUUUGUUGCUUUGCCAGAUAAGAUGGUAGCACCCAAAAUUGCGAUUGAUGAUACCGCAAUCUACAAAUUCUGGAAAGUGGAAGACUUUUUCAAUGGAUUUGUGAAUGUAGUGGAUAAUUCUGCUCCUGACACACCAAUUUUUGAUGGUCUGGCAUCGGCUAAGAGUAGCACACAAGGUGCAGUAAAGGAUGUUCGUGUUGCACCGUCAGAUUCACUCACUUUGCAAGUCAUCUUGCCAGAUGAUGGUCUUUUGCUCAUCGAAGCAAUUCGAUAUGAUACCGUUCGCAUUCGAUGGGGACCGGGCAAGAAACAUCAAGAAGAAUAUUCUGAUCAUCUUUCACGAUCGAUUGUGAUGAACACACUAGCAGAAUUACGCCAGCAGAUCGAAAGAGAUGAAAUGUACAAAUUGAGCGCAAUCCCUAUCGAUCAACGCAGUGGGAGCGAUGGAAAUGGUCAAAGAUUCGAAUGGAGCGUUCAAAAAAGCGAUCAAGAAUAUAUGAAGGUUAUCGUACGAAGAGAUGCGUUUGGAAUCGAGAUUUGGAGAAAUGUUGAAGAAGUAGUAAAACCUACAGACAAAAAACAACCUUUGAAAAAAUGGGCGCUUGUGUGGUCUACCACCGCUGGGAAUGCAAAUGGUAGCUUACCGCUUCUUUCUCGCCUUGAUGCAGAAGGAAAUUAUGCAAGCUGUCUGUCCAUGGUCAAAAGAGGGAAGUUGAUCGGAUUUGGUGAACAAGGAGGAUUCACCUUCCUCAAGGAUAGUCAUCAGCUCAAUAUUUUCAAUUAUGACAACUUAGCAUACAGCAGUGUGUAUGGCGAACAAGCUGCCAAUCCUGCCGAGCCUUUGUACCAUUCAGAUCCAUUUGGUGUAGAGUUGAACGGUGUUGCCGGCUAUCAGAGUGCAGUGGGAAUCUUUGUUGACGAUUAUAGUCAAGUCCUUUUGGAUCUCGGCUGUUCCAAUCCAUCAGUUACCCGCAUUGGCUCCCGUUUUGCCGAUAUGGAAGUUCACAUCACAUGUGCAAACAAUCUGCAAGAAGCAUGUUUAGCUCACUCGAGUUGCGUUGGACGAAGCAAGCUAUUCCCUCGUUGGGUUUUUGGCUAUCAUCAAGGUUGCUAUGGAUACGAUACGCGUGAGAAAGUGCUGAAUGCGAUCAAGACCUAUCGCAAGUAUAAUAUUCCAAUUGAUGGCGUUCACAUUGACGUGGACUUGCAACGUCACUACCGUACUUUUACGAUCGAUGAUGGACCUGGCGGCAAUUUUGUCAAUGCAAAAGACAUGUUUGCUCAAUUAGCCCACCUUGGUGUGAAAGCUUCUACAAAUAUCACCCCUGUCAUCAGUACAAAAGACGAGAGUGGAAGCGACUACUGGAACGAUGGAAGUCAAGCAAGGGCACAAUAUAAGACUCUCGACUCUGGAAUUAGUCAAAAUAUCUUUGUCAAAGAGCAUAGAUGGAACGAGAAGCAAAAUCCACCGGUGUACACCUAUUGGGAAGGUGGCAACCAGAUUACCCAGCAAGGUGAAUAUGUCCCCAAUAUGCAUAUGCCGCCAGGACAAGCUCCAGAGUACCGAGGUGGAGUGUCAUAUGGUAAGAAUUUGGGAACAAACGGUGUCUAUCCUGACCUCGGGCGUAAAGAGGUACGCGAAUGGUGGGGAAAACAGUACGAAUACCUCUUUGAAUCAGGAUUAUCAAUGAUUUGGCAAGAUAUGACUACGCCAUGCAUUCGAACAGGAGUAGGCGAUAUGAAAUCUUUCCCGUUUCGAUUACUAUUGAGCGACGAUACUGAAACUUCACGGGCCAAACAAGGUAUUCUUGUGCCCGCCAUCAAAAUUAACAAUCUUUACUCGUACAAUUUACACAAAGCAACUCAUGCGGGUGUUCGUCAACUUGCACCUAGAAAAGGAUUGAGGAACUUUAUCAUUGGCCGUGGUAGCUUUACAGGCCAACACAGAUAUGCAGGCUUGUGGACAGGUGACAAUACCUCAAGCUUUGACUUUUUGCGUAUCAACAUCCAACAAGUCUUAUCUUGUGGAAUUGGUGGCACCGUGAUCUCCGGUGCAGAUGUUGGAGGAUUUGAGGCGUUCCCGUGGAACAGUCAAUGGUGUGACCCUCAACUGCUUGCCAGAUGGACGAUUGCCCAUGCACUUUUGCCAUGGUUCCGCAACCACUACAACGGUAAGCCGGGUCAUAAAUUGUGGCAAGAACCGUAUGGCUAUUUUGAGAAUGCAAGCAAGGUUCCUGAGCAAGCUGCGUUGUACAAAGCUGUUUUGCCCAUCUGUCGUUACUACAUCACGCUGCGUUACACCUUGCUGCAGUUGCUAUAUGACAACUUUUUUGGCAGCUUAUGGAGCGGAAAACCAGUUGCACGUUCAAUGUUGGCCACUGAUCCGUGGGAUCUCUCGUUGUUGGAUGAGAACUCGUCUUAUUUGGCUUUGCAAUAUAUGGUUGGACAGGAUGUGUUGGUUGCGCCGGUCUUGCAUUCUGAAGAAGAACGCAACGCAAGCCAAAUGCUUCGAACGGUAUACUUGCCGUCUGGAUCUAAAUUCUACGAUUUCAAUUUGCACCUCAAACAGACGAGCAGUGAUCCUGCCACUGCUCAGUUGCAGCCUAAUUGGUCUGCAUUAUCAUCAGUCCGCUCGGGAGGCACAGUGUUUGAAUAUGUUUCCAGCAUUGACCGAUUUGCGCAAGGUGAUUUAGAACAUCUUGCUUAUCUGUUACCGAUCUUCGUUCGUGAAGGGGCGAUCGUUCCUACACAAAAUCAAGAAAUGUUUGUUGGACAACUUAAAGCGAAUCCGAUUGUGCUGCACGUGUAUCCUACUUCCACAAUUGGCGUCAAGGCUGAACAUGAUCUUUAUUUGGACGAUGGUGUUUCAUUGGCAUCAGCACCGGCUGAUUUACCUCAAUUCAAGCUGGAUAAACAUUCCGGGGCCAAAUCUGAUUAUCGACAUGUUCAUAUUGAGCACAAUCGUCUAUCUGAUCUCGAACGUACUCUGACUUUGGAACUAAAGCACAGCCAAUACGAUCUUCAACGUACGCAAACCGAUAUUGGAAACACGCUCACUUUGCAAUUUUGGCAUGACGCCAAUGAUGCACGAAAGGCGUCAAAAGCACAAGUGGCUGUGAAAGGUGUUGAAGGCAAAGAUGAAGCAGUGGAAAACGUGUAUGAUGCAAGAUUGAAUGCCACGAUUGUACGCAUUCCUGUGGAUGACGUACAAAAACCAUUUGCAGCUACAACGGUAUUUUUAUUAUGUCUUUUACAACCAAAAUCACAUCUAAAAUCACAAUCUGAUCAUGGAAAAGGUUCACCAAAGUACGGACUGGACGCAUAUGAAGCAUUGGCAGGACUUCCGAUCAAAAAGAGAGAUUCACAAACAACAGUAACAAUCCCAAUUCAACAACCUGGAUACGAAUUUGAAAAACGCAUUGAACCAUUUUAUGAAGAAUGGGCAGAAAUGGGUUUAACGCCUCGAUCGAUUCGACCUAUUGAGAAUGUAGAGGGAGAGAGUGAAUCAAUAUGGAGUAAGUUCAUUAGCGAUAGGAAGUCGGAAUUACCUGAACAAGUUAUUCCGAUGGCAAGAGUGAUGUAUUGGCAAGAUCAACUGGAUACAUGCAAAGCGUACAAGAGCAUUCUAUGUCACAAGGCGAUUUCGUAUUGGAUGACGAUGAAUGGAUUGAAUGUGGCAAAUAUAGUCAAGCACGGAAGAAGACAAACAAAUGGAGGAGAAAGUGCAAUUGAGGAAAGCGCUUGCAUAACAUCAAACAUAAAAGAUCCUAAUUGUACCCGUGAAGCAAUGCUAUCACAGAGCAAAGGUGGGAUAGAUCAAUUUAGCGAAUUUCAGAUUCUCAAUGCAAGCAAAGCGGGAACAGAGCUUGAGACAGCUGAUGGCCGAAUUUCCCUAGCAGAAGCUCAAGAUGAAGCUAAAAAAGCAGGAUUAGCACCUGGUUUUCUUAUAGAUACCAAAUAUCCCAUCGCUCCCGAUAUUUAA